GACGAAACGACCGGAUUCUAUCCGAAUCUAUCGCAUAAUAUCUUUUUUUUUGCGCAGAAUAUCAUAAUUUUUGGCCGUGAUUCAACCAAUUCCCAAACGGGAUCCCAUACCGACCCAACAUUCCCAUCUAAUACCUCCAGCCAUGGCCUCCAAACGAGCAGCGGCAUCAACACUGUCCUGCAUUACCCGACUCGGCUCGGCGCCGGCGCAAUCGUUGAAAACCACAACCACAACGUCGCGCUUCCUCAACUACUUCGUUCACUCCUACAGCUCUCAGUGCCAGCGGCCAGUACCACUGUCACCGCAACAGCAAACACAACAACGAGGAGAUAUCAACUACACACCAAUCCGACAAAAACACACCAUCCCUCGUCCUCGAAGCCAGCCCUCAUCCUCCCCCGAACCUCAAUCCCCUCCCUCCGACCAACAACAACCCGCACAACCCAAGCGUGACACGUCCCAAGUCCCCCAGUACGAGCUCACUUUCACCUGCAUCCCCUGCGAUCACCGAUCCAAGCACAAGGUCUCCAAACAGGGUUACCACCACGGGUCCGUGUUGAUCUCGUGCCCGAACUGCCGUAACCGACACGUCAUCAGCGACCACCUCAAGCUCUUCGGAGAUCGGAAAGUGACGGUCGAGGAUUUGUUGAAAGAAAAAGGGAUGAUGGUCAAGAGGGGGACUCUGGGCGAGGAUGGGGAUGUGGAGUUUUGGGAGGAUGGGACAAGUACCAUGAGGGAGCCGGAGCCGGAGCCGGCGCCGGAGAGGCCGAAGAAGGAGGUGGAUAAUAGUCCGCCGGGGUCAACUUUCAAGAAUGUGAGGCCUGGAGAGGGGAAGAAGGAUGGGGAUGAGAGCAAUUGAAUGUUGGAUGGAUAAAAGGGGGAGUGGCCAUCACUGGAAAUGCCUUGGCUGGAGAAAGAAGGGGCCGUGACGAGCGGGUGUGACUCUUUGGGUGUUCUGGCUUUUGGGAGUCGCUGACGGAUUUACCAAGUCCAGCAAGGGCAAUAAGGGUAGAGAAAAGAGAGAAGGCAACGGAUAUCAUAUGGACAGGCAUUGCAGGCCAGUCUGUUGACGUUGGCAUACCUGAUGUCGAGAGUCAUACUAAUUGUAUCAUAUGUAUAGAAGUAUAAAACUGGGAAAGGUUCGGCAAAGCCCUCGCGCUAGGCAGCGGCUGGGAACAUGAUCUGGAUGGCACGGACGGCUUAUGAACAUCAGACACCAAGACAUGAUAUUGUUGUUCUCUCGGUUCUUACCCCACGAUACAAAGAAACCGUGGAUACUCCCCCGUAUUUUUAAGUACUUCAACG